UUCCUAAUCGCACCCUCUGCCCAUCUCUUCCAGGGACUUUGAAUAUGUCGGGGAUCGCCCUCAGCAGACUCGCCCAAGAGAGGAAAGCUUGGAGAAAAGACCACCCAUUUGGUUUUGUGGCUGUCCCGACAAAAAACCCCGACGGCACGAUGAACCUCAUGAACUGGGAGUGUGCCAUUCCAGGAAAGAAAGGGACUCCAUGGGAAGGAGGGUUGUUUAAACUGCGGAUGCUUUUCAAAGACGAUUAUCCAUCCUCACCACCGAAAUGCAAAUUUGAACCACCGUUGUUCCACCCAAACGUGUACCCUUCAGGCACAGUGUGCCUGUCCAUCCUCGAGGAAGACAAGGACUGGCGGCCAGCCAUCACGAUUAAGCAGAUCUUACUAGGAAUACAGGAACUUCUAAAUGAACCAAAUAUCCAAGAUCCAGCUCAAGCAGAGGCCUACACGAUUUACUGCCAAAACAGAGUGGAAUACGAGAAGAGAGUUCGAGCACAGGCCAAGAAGUUUGCACCCUCAUAAGCAGCAACCUUGGGGCAUCUAAAAGGAAGGGAUUGGUUUGGCAAGAACUUGUUUACAACCUUUUUGCAAAUCUAACGUUGCUCUGUACAAUUACUAGUCACCUGGGGAGGGUUGGACGGGCGCCAUUUUCCAUUUCCGCCACUGGUACACAGUUCUCGACUCGCUGAAUUGCCCAGUUUUUCACACAGGGUCUCUUCCUUCAGUCUUUUGUAUUUUUGAUUGUUAUGUAAAACUUGCUUUUAUUUUAAUAUUGAUGUCAGUAUUUCAACUGCUGUAAAAUUAUAAACUUUUAUACUUCGAUGAGCCCCCAGAGCUCGAUCCCUCGCUCACAGAUGCGGCAUGCUUCUCCCAGUCAGAGCUGCGCGUGGCCUCAGCUGGCUGCAUGAGAAAGGAAGUCCGCCUGCCCUUCCCGCCGCACUGUUCUCUCUCCGCAGAACCUGGGUUGUGUUGCUUACGAGCCCCAGAUCCAAAGUCGGCCAGCACCUCGUCUCCGCAUCACUUCCUUUGUGUUUAUAUGGCGUUUUGUCUGUGUUGCUGUUUAGAGUAAAUAAACUGUUUAUAUAAAGGUU